AUGAUUUGCCUUUCCAAAGCAGACGAAUCUUUCUAUCAGCGCUUGACUUGGAAUCAAGCUCCUUCUCCUCUGGCAGCCAUGAAUACCACGCGUCAGGAUCUCAAUGGCAUCUCCAACCUCCGCGAGCAUGUUGAUGCCGCUCAGGAUGACGGAAGUGGAGGCACGAGUGGAAGUCUAUUGAAUUCACACGAUGAAAGUAAUCAAGCGGGGAGUCAUCCUACAGAGCCCUUCUUGGGCUCUGUUAAGGAUGCGGGACGACUGUCCCGUAUCUCGGGACUGUCCUCGUAUCUCAAGACGGUAGAUGGUGGUGAUGACCAAAUCCGUCUUCAUCGAGGCACCCUCUCGUCAUGUGCCUCGCACAUCUGGAGCUGGACCGUCUGGGUCCUCUCUGUUCUUGUUGUCUCGACGAUCAUCUCAUCCUGGAACUCCCCUGCCUCUGCGCCUGCUGCCAUGACUUCGCCCCCCAAGGCCCCUGAGUCGAUUCCUGCUCAGGUCUCGCCUCUCCGCAAGCGAAGCACCUGCGAAACUGGAGGUGUCAACAAGGCUGAGUACAACACUCCUCUCCAUGUUGGAGCCUUGUUCAUCAUCCUGUGCGUUUCGACGCUUGCUUGCGCUUUCCCUAUCAUGGCCACCAAGUUCCCAGGUCUGAGGAUUCCGACUCGUUUCUUCUUUGCUGUACGCCAUUUCGGUACUGGUGUGCUGAUUGCCACGGCUUUUGUCCAUUUGCUCCCCACUGCUUUCAUCUCUCUCGGGGACCCUUGCCUGAGCAGCUUCUGGAACCAGGACUACCCUGCUAUGCCCGGUGCUAUUGCUCUUGCUGCCAUUUUCCUUGUCACUGUUAUCGAGAUGGUCUUUCAUCCAUCUCGUCAUGUUUCGCCUACUGAGAUCACGUCUGGAACUGACCAAGAUGCUAAGAACGGCAACUCGAACAGUGGUGGAUGCAUGGGAGGCACAGGUAUGCUUCCCAUUCGGGACAUGGGACCUAUUCGUGGACGAUCCUCUAGUAUUGGCCAGGGCCUCUCCGUCCUGAACAGCAGAGAUGAGCGACUGGAUAAUCUGGAUGAAGAAGCUUGCGAAGAAGACGACAACGCUCAAUCUGGAAGAAAGAACCUCGAGGAGACGAGCCUCGAGGCUGUACAGAUGCCAAGCUUGACCCCAGAGCAGCAGCAACGUAAGGAGCUUCUUCAGUGCGUCUUGCUCGAGCUUGGUAUUCUCUUCCACAGUGUCUUUAUCGGCAUGGCGCUUAGCGUUUCGAUUGGCAACGAGUUCAUCAUUCUGCUGAUUGCCAUUGUCUUUCACCAAACCUUUGAAGGAUUGGCUCUGGGCUCUCGAAUCGCUUCCAUCAAGUGGCCUCAAGGCAAGAUGCAGCCUUGGUUUAUGGCUCUCGCCUAUGGAUGCACUACUCCUCUGGGACAAGCUAUCGGCCUUGCUACCCACACACUCUACAGCCCCAACUCCGAAACCGGCCUCAUCGUCGUUGGUAUCAUGAAUGCCAUCUCGGCUGGACUCCUCACCUUUGCUUCACUGGUUGAGCUUCUUUCUCAGGACUUCCUCAGUGACGAGAGCUGGCGAUUCCUUCGCGGCCGUAAGCGUAUCUACGCUUGCCUUCUGGUGUUCUUCGGGGCUUUCUUCAUGAGUCUCGUGGGCGCUUGGGCUUAA